AUGAAGUUCUCCCCCAUCACGACCCGGCUUGCCGCCGUGACCUGCUUGCUUGCGUCCUCGCCGGCCGUCGCUUUGACCAUUUCAUACUGCUCCAAGGAGAACACUGCAGCUUCAGAUACACUCGUAUCGAGCAUAUACCAAUCCAAUGGACGUUGUGAAAGUCAAUGCAAUGCAGACUACGCCUUUGCCGUGGUCCAGUACAAAAGCUGCUGGUGCUCCAACUACGUUCCUGGAGACCAGGCUUCCGUUUCAGAUUGUGACAGCCCUUGCCCUGGCUACCCAGACGACCUCUGCGGAAAUUCGGACAAGGGCCUCUAUGGCUAUAUUGCCAUGAGCAAUGUGCAACCGUCAGGAACAUCGGGGGCUGCAGGAUCAACGAGUAGCACGGGCACGUCUUCGGGGAGCAUGACCACUACCCAGUCUACACCCCAGACGGAAACAAUCACUGUAACUGCGUCUAAUUCAGUCCCUUCGACAUUGACAACCUCGCUCUCUCCCGUCUCUUCCGCCAGUUCCACGUCCAGCGGAGAUUCGACUACGACGACGGCUCCCAAUAUCUCGGUCCAUACUGUAGCUGGACAACCGGUUACCGUCACCGUUGGCAAUCCCGAUCCCGCCCAAACGUCGGAUGCUUCAGCCACCACGGGCCAGAAGUCAUCUUCAUUGAGCGGAGGUGCCAUUGCCGGAAUUGUUAUUGGCUGCUUGUUGGGUGUUGGUGCUUUGGCUGCUGCUGGACUGUGGUUCUUCUUCUUUGGCCGUCGGCGCAACGAACCGACCGAAAAGUCGCCUACUCCCGAGUCGAGAUACGACCCGAGCACUCCCGGUACUACAUCGGACACCCACCGCCAGAGCAGGGGUUCCCAGAUGACUUUUAUGCGAAAUUUUAUGGGCUCGAGCGAGCCGAAGUCGGCCACAUCGCCGAACGACUUUCUCAACCCGAACCAAGCGUUCACCGACAAUCGCAUGAAGAAGGGCGCACCAUUGUAUCAAAGCGGAGGCCGGCACAGUGCGGUGUCCCUUCGCGACGAGGAGGAUUAUUCUCGGCCGGUUUUGAGGCUUACCAACCCGGAUUAA